UUUACAUUUUUUCAAGAAUUUUUGUUCAAAUUAACCUAUCUUUAUAUUCCCAAACAUUUUUUUUAUUUGUAAACUAACAUUCCACGAAGCCAAAGUAAUGUGUAAACAUUAACAAUUUUAAUUUUUAACUCCUUGUUCUAGUUUUACAACCAAAAUGUUAUUAGCAUGAUAGAAAUAAUUUUUAAAAUGUUCAAAUCCCUUUUCUUUUUUAUUGUUUCUAUAUUUAAACGGGCACUGUGUUGUUUUCGAAGACGAAAGCGAGUAAAUGAAUUUGUUCCUCUAACCCAGGUUGGUGUUAUUUCUGAAAAAAGUAUCCCAAAUGAAAUGGACAGUUGGAAUGACUGGAAUGAGCCAGUGGCGACACCAUCGACACCAACAACUGUACAAGAACAAAUAGAAUAUUAUCGACAACAAGCUAUUGCAGCUCGUCAAGUAAAAGAGGAACCUCAAGAGACACAAGAAAAUUUCUUCGAAGAUAUGAUGCCCACUAUUACAGCUCAGACUAAAGUGUACAUAAAUCCAAAUGUUACGCAAAGUGAGACGUCUAAUAAAUUUUCACUGGCUCCUGAAAACAUUAACGUGAUGAGCAAAGAAUUGGAAGAAUGGGACGACGAAAGGGGAUGGGAAGACCAGACACUCGAUUUCGAUGCUAGGGAAGCAUUGAAAGAGAGCAGAAGAGAAGCUAGACAGAAGAAAGCUUGGGAACAACAGCAACGACGACAAGAGAAACUGACACGAGGAACCUUGGGGGCUAAGGUUUAUGCGUAGCAUUUAAUAUCCCAAGUUAUUGUUAAAAAAUGUUUGUUAUUAUAAUGUGUACUGCUCCGAUGAAGCCAAAACGUAGGUUUUAGGUGCUAUAUGUAAAUAGUGGGAAAUAAAAAAUAUUAUGUUUAGUAAUAUAAUAAAAUAAUGUAUGUAUUCAUUCAAUUUCAUAUUUAAUUAAGUUAAGAGACAUUGUAAAUAGUAUGAUCAUGAGUUUUUCAAAUGCAAACGAAUAAAAAGAGUGGAUUCCACACUAGACUAGCA